AACUAAAAGCAUCCAUCAUCUCUCUUCUUCUUCUUCCCUACUCUCAAGAAUCAAACCCGAAACACAGAAACAUCACCAAAUAAACAAAAAUGGGAUGUUUUAUGGGUUGUUUCGGUCUCUCUUCCAACAAAAAACGCAGAAACUCCAUCAGGAAGAUCCUUCCUCGAGAUCAAAGAAUCUGUAGCUACGAGCCUCUACUACAUUCUUCAGAUCCGUCAGAUUUCACUACUUUUGUAGAUUCAAACCUCAGGGGUGAAGCGGAGGAGGAGAACAAGAAGGUGACUAAGAAGACGAGGAAGAGAGUCAGAUUUGACUUGAAUGUACAAACCUAUGAACCUAUUGUGCCACCAAGAUUUGAGAAUGACUGCAGUGAUAGUGAGGAAGGAAAUGGAGAAAGAAGCAAGGGAUCCUCAGUUACCGAUAAGAAACCAGAGGAUCUAAGCAGUACAUCAGUGUAUCCUUCAAACUAUAGGUACCACAAUUGCGUGACUAGUUUUGAGGAUGAAGACGAUGAAGUGGGUUAUGGAGAGAGUGAUUUGGAGGAUGAAGACUAUUACACAGAUGAUGAAAACGACUAUGAAGAUGAUGCUGAUGAUGAAGACGAAGAAGAAGAAGAAGAAGACAAAGACCAGGACGUGACUCCUCUUUUGAAUCCAGUGGAGAAUCUUGCUCAGUGGAAAGCGGUUAAAGCUAGGCCUGUGAAACAUAAACGAGAAAUGAAAGAGAAUCUUGAAGCGGAUAUGGAUGACCAAGCAAAGCCUCUACUCAAGGAGAUAAUCGUCAAUACUAGUCUUUCCAAUUGGAUAGCCUCACCGAAGAGUUUUCAUGGGAAUGGUUCGUUGAAGAGAUCCCCAAUUGUGGAUAUUACCAACAUGGAGAACAGGUGAAGCUUUCAUAGUGAUUCAGAAGAAGAAUUGAAAAAGUGUGUUUUGUUGUUUGUCUUUGUAGCAUUUCAUUUGUGAUUCUUUUUGUGUGUAUGGAUAAAGGUUUGCAUCAGUUUCCCAUUUUCGGGUUUAUUUUUCCCA